GCGGCGGCGGCGGCGCUGGCGGCGGUGGCGGCUGGGGCGAGGGGAAUGGUCCCCGGGUCGGAGGGCCCGGCCCGCGCCGGGGGCCUCGUGGCUGACGUGGUGUUUGUGAUUGAGGGCACGGCCAACCUGGGGCCUUACUUUGAAGGGCUGCGCAAGCACUACCUGCUUCCGGCCAUCGAGUAUUUUAAUGGUGGUCCUCCUGCCGAGACGGACUUCGGGGGCGACUAUGGGGGGACCCAGUACAGCCUCGUGGUGUUCAACACGGUGGACUGCGCUCCUGAGUCCUACGUACAGUGUCAUGCCCCCACGAGCAGCGCCUAUGAGUUUGUCACCUGGCUCGACGGCAUUAAGUUCAUGGGCGGGGGCGGCGAGAGCUGCAGCCUCAUUGCAGAAGGCCUCAGCACGGCCCUGCAGCUCUUCGAUGACUUCAAGAAGAUGCGGGAGCAGAUCGGCCAGACACAUCGCGUCUGCCUCCUUAUCUGUAAUUCGCCCCCAUACCUGCUCCCGGCCGUCGAGAGCACCACGUACUCUGGGUACACGACGGAGAGUCUCGUGCAGAAGAUAGGGGAGCAAGGGAUCCACUUCUCCAUAGUGUCUCCCCGGAAGCUGCCUGCCCUGAGGCUGCUGUUCGAGAAGGCAGCUCCCCCCGCCUUGCUGGAGCCGCUGCAGCCACCAGCAGACGUGAGCCAGGACCCCCGGCACAUGGUGCUGGUGCGGGGGCUCGUGCUGCCAGUUGGGGGUGGUUCGGCCCCAGGCCCCCUCCAGCCAAAGCAGCCUGUCCCCCUGCCUCCAGCUGCACCCUCGGGCGCCUCGCUCUCAGCAGCCCCCCAGCAGCCUCUUCCCCCUGUCCCCCAGCAGUAUCAGGUCCCUGGGAACCUGAGUGCAGCUCAGGUGGCGGCCCAGAAUGCAGUGGAAGCCGCCAAGAACCAGAAGGCGGGGCUGGGCCCACGCUUCUCACCCAUUAACCCUCUGCAAGCCGCUCCAGGAGUGGGUCCCCCCUUCAGCCAGGCCCCGGCCCCUCCUCUGCCGCCGGGGCCCCCUGGCGCCCCCAAGCCACCCCCUGCUUCCCAGCCCAGCCUGGUCUCCACCGUGGCUCCUGGCCCAGGCCUGGCCCCCCCUGCACAACCUGGGGCACCGUCCAUGGCGGGCUCGGUGGCCCCUGGCGGGGUGAGCGGCCCUUCCCCGGCCCAGCUCGGGGCCCCGGCCCUUGGGGGGCAGCAGUCGGUCUCCAACAAACUUCUGGCCUGGAGCGGGGUCCUCGAGUGGCAGGAGAAGCCCAAACCUGCCUCCGUGGACGCCAACACCAAACUGACCCGCUCACUGCCGUGCCAGGUCUACGUGAAUCAUGGCGAGAACUUGAAGACGGAGCAGUGGCCCCAGAAGCUGAUCAUGCAGCUUAUCCCGCAGCAGCUGCUGGUGAGUGGCCCGAGGGGGCACCGCCCGCCCCUCCGGUCAGCUGGUCGCAUUCUCUUCCCUCGUCCCCUCCCUGCCCCGCACCUGCCUCCAUCCCUGCUCCUCCCUUCCCCACUCCGCACGCCGGCCCGCGUGUCUCCCGUGUCUCCCGCAGACCACCCUGGGCCCUUUGUUCCGGAACUCGAGGAUGGUGCAGUUCCACUUCACCAACAAGGACCUGGAGUCCCUGAAAGGCCUCUACCGCAUCAUGGGCAACGGCUUUGCCGGCUGCGUGCACUUCCCCCACACGGCCCCCUGCGAGGUGCGCGUGCUCAUGCUGCUCUACUCGUCCAAGAAGAAGAUCUUCAUGGGCCUCAUCCCCUACGACCAGAGCGGCUUCGUCAACGGCAUCCGGCAGGUCAUCACCAACCACAAGCAAGUCCAGCAGCAGAAGCUGGAGCAGCAGCGCGGGAUGGGGGCACAGCAGGCACCCCCUGGGCUGGGCCCCAUUCUGGAGGACCAGGCGAGACCCUCACAGAAUCUGCUCCAGCUCCGCCCACCACAGCCCCAGCCUCAGGGCACUGUGGGGGCCUCCGCAGCCUCAGGACAGCCCCAGCCCCAAGGUGCUGCCCAGGCCCCCCCAGGCGCCCCCCAAGGCCCUCCUGGAGCAGCCCCUGGCCCUCCCCCUCCUGGACCCAUCCUCCGGCCUCAGAACCCUGGGGCCAACCCCCAACUGCGGAGUCUCCUCCUCAACCCACCUCCGCCCCAGACUGGGGUGCCUGCACCCCAAGCCUCCCUCCACCACCUCCAGCCACCGGGGGCUCCUGCACUGUUGCCCCCACCACACCAGGGUCUGGGGCAACCCCAGCUGGGGCCCCCCCUCCUGCACCCACCGCCUGCCCAGUCCUGGCCCACACAGCUUCCCCCGAGAGCUCCACUGCCAGUGGCAAAACGAAAGAGAGACCGAGAGGGCCACGUGUUUCGAGAAAAAUGGGAGCGAGCGUAUUUCUUUGUGGAAGUGAAGAGCAUGCCUAUGUGUUUAAUAUGCAAAAAAAUCGUAUCUGUGUUGAAAGAGUACAACCUGAGACGUCAUUACGAAUCAAAGCACAGUAAGAGCUUCGACCAGUACACAGAGCAGAUGCGAGACGCGAUCCUCAGUGAGCUGAAAAAGGGCCUCAAGGGUCAGUAGGGUUUGCUCCGGGAAGGACGCAGGUCCGAGAGGCAGUGUGGCUGCAGAGCGCAGUUCGAGUCUCGAGCACAGCACGGCCCGGGCGCGAAAGCCUCGCAGCGAUGGCGAGUUUGUAAAGGAGCGGGACGGCGGCUCCUGGACGGACGCGCCCGCCCGUUCACACUGUCCCUUCGGCCUGACGGGCGUUUGCACUGUGCCGUGAGUCGAAGAUGAAACCGGAAGAUUUACUAGUCCAGUCACUUGAAAGAGUCGACUCCGUCGUGGCCUUCUCUGUCGUUGCUCACGAACUCUGACCACCCAGUUAGCUUUAUUUAUUUGUGGUAUGAAGAAUUUGGAUGCGACUGAAGAAGUCUGUGACACGGUGCCCAGGCAGGCCCGACACUGGGAGAUGGGCUAUUUGGGUGUGUAUUGACAGAAAUACACAGACUGGCGAGAAUUCCUAAGCACAGUCGCAGGCCGUCGUAGCUAACGAUCUGCGUCACAGGCGGCCUUGUCAGGACACCUCCGUCCCAGGAGGCAGCGCUCCGCGAGAGCGCAAGUCAGCUCGUUGCCUCGAUCGCCAGGAGUUGAAUUGUGUUCAGAAGGAACACAGAACACACCGCGGACGUCCUCGGCACGCUCCUGCACUUCAACCACGGGCAGGUGGACGGUGACCUUGACCCAAUGUAUUUGACAGAAGCUCUGUGACCUGGUCAUCACGUGAUGGUGUGGAAGGGAUCCGCACUGUUGAAACCUGUCGACUUGGUUCAUCUGCAAUGAGACAGAAGCCACACCUGGUUCCCCUGAGAAGGUCGGUCAAAGACUUUUGGUCGAGGCUACAACCCCCCACCCCCACCCUCCGAACACUAGUUCUCUGCAAAGACGUUCACAAACAGCUACUUGAAUGUAUGACCGUGUUUGCCCGGUCCUGGCAAAAACAUGGAAGCCACUGGCAAGGAACAGUUCCUUCGCUGCAGUUGGUUUUCAGAAACAAAACAUGUGGCCUGGACCAUAUUCACCCAGCUGGUGGGGCUCGAGACCAAAUUCCCCCAAAGGCUCUCCACGUCCAGACUUCGUGAUAAUGAACUAGCACUGUCCAGUUUGGCUCCGCCGGUUACUGUCGAUCGUGUGAAUGCAGACCACAGGCAGCACCCGCUGAACUACAGGGCUCUAGGGUGCGGGGUCCGAACCGGAGGUCACGGCCCUACCCGCGCCUCCUACAGUGGUCUUGAGUCAUGGGCUUUGGAGGUGCCCGCGCUUGUAAACUGCGGUUUUCCAUUAUAGAAUUGAUUCAAAGUACAUAACCGUUCCCAGUUAAGGAUUCAGGGUUGAAUUCUAAACUGCUCAUCCCAACGUGACAACCAAGGCCUGACGCUGACCUCUUGGUGUAGAAAGGGGCGAGGUCAGGCGUCUGGCUUCAAAAUCAAAGGGGCAAAAGAAUUAUGAAAGAGA